CAAGUGGGGCCCACGAAGCCGGAAUCGAGAAGAUGCCACUCCUCCCCACCCCAUUCCGAGCUCUCUUCUCUCCGGCCACCGCCGCCUCCACCUCCGACGUGCCGCCGCGCCUUGUCCACCGCCUUCGGCCGCCGCUCGCGGGGGCUUUCCUCUUCCUCAGCCUAGGAGCCGUCGCGGGCUGCGCACUCUCCACCCGCCGCGUCCCCUUCCUCCGGGCGAGAAGUUUCAGUUCUGCUCGAAUGGAGUCUACUUCCACGACUGUGCCUUCCAUUGUUGUGUAUGUGACAGUUCCAAAUCGGGAAGCAGGCAAAAAGCUAUCAGAAAGCAUAAUCAGUGAGAAGCUUGCUGCGUGUGUGAACAUAGUGCCUGGGAUCGAAUCUGUUUACUGGUGGGAGGGAAAGGUGCAAACUGAUGCUGAGGAGUUGCUCAUCAUCAAGACCAGAGAAUCUCUUCUAAGUGCCUUAACUGAACAUGUCAAAGCUAACCAUGAGUAUGAUGUUCCUGAAGUCAUCGCUUUGCCGAUAAGUGGAGGCAACCUCAAGUACCUGGAGUGGCUCAAGAACAGCACUAGAGAAAACUGAUCUGGCUUCAGCUUAGCCUCACUGAAUGCGUUUGUGAGUAGCCGGUGAUGUGGAAUGACUGUUGUGAUUCGAGAUAUCAAGUUUGUGUAGAAAGACUUUGGUCUCUAAGUGUUGAUGGCAGCGUCGUGAUGAAUUGGUUAAUCUUUAGUCUCCUGUCCUAGGGUCGAAUAAACUUUGUGUAGCAUCAAGACAAUUUGCACAUGAAGUCCUGUUUGCCGCACUUUUGUACUA